AUGUACUACGUUGAUAAGAGUGAUGUAGAAGUUUCACCAGGAAAUACUGUCAUCAGACAAAUGGACCCGUUAGAAUUGAAAACGAAUGAAGAGUUGCUGUUUUUCUUCAACCAGAAAAAGACGGAGAUUUCAUGUAUAAAACAACCGCACACACUCCUCACUCAGCUGCGCGACCACGACCUGGUGCCGGAGAAACUUUUUGAGAAUGUGAAAAAGAUGCGUACUCCUAAGCAGAAGGAGAAGGCCUUCUAUGAGGUUCUGGACUGGCUGGAAAAAAAUAGAUCUGAGGACAUUCAACAGUUCUGGCGCUGUGUGUUUGAAGAUCAUAUCCUGCAGCUGUACCCGACACUAUGCAUGCUCAGAAACAGUCUGCUGGACAGCCCUAGCAAACUCUGUGAGAAACUGCCAGAUGUUAAGACACCCACAGAGGAGGAGAGUGAAGGAAAGGCAGAGAAAGGGAAGAAGAAGGGCGACACUAGAAAGAGAAGGAAAGAUGAUCCUGAUCUUCUUGAUAUUUUCUCUGUUUCCACACCCAGUCCGAAGAAACCAGACAAAAACCCCUUACUCUCAUCUCCUGUAAAGAAAGGAGACAAGCAGGAGAUGUUGGCUAAUUAUGAAAAUCAGCUGCCUGUAACCUGUGGAAAUAAAGAAGGCACUCUCUAUCGGGACAAACUGACCAGAGGAGGGGUAUCUUCAGCGUCCACAGAGGAAGAGUGGAAAGAGAACAUGUGUCCAAAAUGUACUUUGUCUCUCUAUGUGCAAUAUCAGACUGACGUGUUUGAGUUAAAUUUUCGUCCAAACUAUCAACCCACAUUUGAAGUGUUUGUGAAUGUCAGAAAUAAGGAGGUCAAGCUAAGUCUUAUGGACAACACUGAAAGAAGAGAAGUGUGGUCUCCUAGACAAAUCCUUCUCACAGGCCAAGAGGUAGAACUCCCAGCUCACAGAAGGCCCACAGAAUCUGAAUUUGUGAACAAACACAGACGUCACCUCAUUCACAGAGUUUCAUCAGUGAUGGAGAUUGCUGAUGGUCUGAUGGCCAAAAACAUGAUUACAGGUGAAAUUUACAGUGAAGUUUAUGCUAUAAAAACACCUCAAGACAGAUUGAGACUCUUGUUGGAUGCUCUUGACUCUGGAGGAGAUUCUGUAAAAGCAGAAUUCUACAGAUUACUGAAGGAGAACGAACCUCAUCUAAUGGCCCAAAACAAUGAUGACGAGUGUUACGUGUGUCGCUCUGAGGGAGAUCUUGUGUGUUGUGACGAGUGUCCACGAGCUUUUCAUUUAUACUGUCACCUACCAGCUGUACAUGAAGACUCACCGGGAGAGGACAUCCAGAAGGUGUUUGUUAAGGAUCCACGCAAAAUGGUGCCCAGAUACUCUGAGUUCAUAACUCAGCCAAUGUGGCUGGACAGAAUAAAGCAGAAGUUGGAAAGUGGCGCGUAUCAGACAGUAGGAGCGUUCGUCUCUGACUUUCAGCUCAUUUUCAGCAACUGCAGCACGUCCAAUAAGGACAAUGAGUUUGGCCGAAUGGGUGCCAGACUGAAGAAAAUUUUUGAGGAAGAGUUCCAGAAAAUCUUCAGCAUCAGUAUCCUGUAACAGCUAUUACUAGUUUUUUAAAGAUACAAUUGAGAUCUGGGUUUUAAAUGUCAUCAUUGUAACAACUGUGAUAAUGUGGUACAGGGUAAAACAUUUUAGAUGAAAAUACAUAUAAGGUUUAUUCUAUUAGACAUUUUAUUAAUUGUCAAACCACUCAUGUUAUUAAUAGA